CCAAACUAAUGCAGAAUGAUAGUGCUACUAAGUAUGGUCAACAUACGCCAAUUUAUAUUUGAUUUUAGGACAUUAUUGAUUUUUAACAGUUACCUCGAACUCCCCAUGUUUGUGGACUCCAGGCAGCCGCUGGUGCAGAAAGAGCACUUCUCUCCAGUCAAAGGCACCGGGCAGGAGUCCCUCCCUGGGCCGCUGCGGGAGGUCCUGCUCCCGGUUCGGCCCAGCGCCACCACGCCCAGCGCCUCGGGGGUUUCCGUAGAGACUUCGUGCGAGCGGAGGAAGAUGAGGGUGCAGGUGGAGAGGAGCGUUCUGGGCAGCGGGGACCUCUCCGGGCUCAAACUGGGGACGUGCAGCGUCACUACAUCCACCAAAGAUCACCUUUAUUUUGAGUAUGACUUUUGCAUGUGUGGAACCAAACGCACGAUAAUUGAUAAUCAGGUGGCCUAUACAAACACACUGCGAUAUGACCCACCGAUGCUGCAAGGACCAAUCAGACGAACUGUGCCUUUCGCCGUGCCUGUUGCGUGUUAUUUCAACAGGUACCAAUACUCCUACAAAAUUGGCUACACACCAAAAGUGCAGUUGCGCAAGGUCUUCAAGCAAAUGAAGAACGGAGCAAAGUUCAUUCUGACGCCACGAAAUGCUAAGUUUGAAAGACUCUCUCCAUCAGAUCAGUAUGUCCUGGGGAAACCAUGUACUUUGAGGCCGAGGCCCUGCCCACGGGCCCACGAUGAAAGGCUGUACGUCCACUCAUGUUACGCCACUCCCAAGAGGGUCCCACACCUCCACGCCUCAGUUCCAGUUGUGACAAACUUCGGAUGUAUGGUGGAAAGCAAGGACAGUCGCUCCAGAUUCAUCCCACACAAAAACAACAUUGUGAGGUUCUCUGUGGACGCCUUUCUGUUCAAGGGAAUGAUGGGACAGCUCUACAUGCACUGCACCAUGUCCGUGAGCAGUUCAGUCCCGUCUCCGACAACCAAGUCCUGCCAACUACGACACGAAACCAAGAGAUGGGUUGAGCUGUUUGGACCGGACUCUGUGUGCACCUGCUGUGACUCCAACUGUAGCUCUGCUGCAUCCACUGGGUAG